AUGGAAACAAAAAAAAGAGUAGCUUAUUUUUACAAUAACGAAAUAGGUAACUACAACUAUGGAAAGUUGCAUUUAAUGAACCCAAAAAGAAUUUCAAUGACUCAUUCCUUGAUUGUAGGUUAUGGUGUCUAUAAAGAUCUUGACGUAUACACAACAAGAGAAGCCACCAAAGAAGAGAUAAUGCAGUUUCAUGAUUAGGAUUAUGUUGAGUACCUUUCUAACUAUGUAUCGAGUACUAAAAUAGAUUUUCUAAGAAAGAAUGGAUGCACUGCUCCUAUCAUAGAUGAGGAAGCUAAAAAUGAUGUAGAAAAAAAGAGAUAAUAUGGCAUAGAUGUUCAAGCUGAUUGUCCUGGCUUUGAUGGUGUCUAUACCUUUAGCCAACUUUCAACAGGUGGUUCGAUUGAUGCAGCUCACUUAAUUAUAAAUAAUGCUGCAGAUGUAGCUAUUAACUGGGGUGGUGGAUUGCAUCAUGCUAAGAAGGGAGAAGCUUAUGGCUUCUGUUAUGUUAAUGAUAUAGUAAUAUGCAUUUUGGAGCUUUUAAAAGUAUUUCCUCGUGUGCUUUACAUAGAUAUAGAUGUACACCAUGGAGAUGGCGUAGAAGAGGCUUUCUUUACUACAAAUAGAGUAAUGACAGUUAGUUUUCAUGAAUUUGGAGAAGAUUUCUUUCCUGGAACAGGUGGCCUCAACAGUAGUGGAGAAGGAUUGGGCAAAAAUUAUGCUGUGAAUGUACCACUUAGACCUGGUAUGGAUGAUGAAAGUUAUAAAUAACUAUUUAAAAAUGUAAUGAAUAAAGUAAUGGAAGUGUUUAGACCUGACGUAGUUGUAUUCUAAACUGGAGCUGAUAGUUUAGCUAAUGACAAAAUUGGGCAUUUUAAUUUAUCUAUUAGAGGACAUGGCGAAUGCUUGACUUACAUGCUAAGGUUUAAUGUUCCUGUAGUAGUUUUAGGAGGAGGUGGAUAUACUAUUUAAAAUGUAAGUCGUUGCUGGGCAUAUGAAACAGGAUUACUUGUUAAAAAAAAUUUAAAUGGACCUAUACCUGUUGAUGAUCCCUUUUUCCAUUUAUAUGAAAAAUAGAAUAUGCUUCACGUUCCAAUUUAGCAAGUAGAAAAUAAGAAUAGUAAAGAAGAUUUAAAUAAAAUAUAAGAAGAGGUCUUUAAGCAACUAAAAGAAGUAGAUGCUGCCCCAUCAAUACCUUUUCAUAAUGUUCCCAAAGCAUUCUAGUAUGAUGACGAUGAAUAUUUCGAGGAAAAUGAAUAAGAUUAACAUCAUGAUUUUUCUGGAAAUACUUAUAAUUUCAAUAAGCUUAAUGACUAUAUAAACGGAUAUUAAACAAUGGAGGUCGAAUAAAAUGAAGAAGUUGGAGUAUAUAGAAAACAACCUCUAUUAAUAGAAAAGAAUAGUAGUAGAUUUAAUCAUAUUUGA